AUGGCGGAGGUCGGACACCGGUUGGGAAGGGGAAGGGGUGCAUACGACUUUGCACACAAAAUAUACAACUGUCACCUCCUGGGAAGUCCAAAUAGGCAAGGUAAAGGUGCGAUACACGUGUCGGCUGGGUUUCUGACGGGUUAUCUAAAAAAAGACGACCAGUUAGCAGCGGGAAAUGCUGUGAACAGAGUGACCGAUGGAGCUUCACGAGACGGUUACACAAGUGUAACGCCGGUGCCCGGUGCUGUUGACGAUAUGUGGGGAAAGGGAAAUGUCCCUAAAGAGUGUUCACUUCAGAACAAGACCCGGGGUCGGAUUAUAGGAAGAAACGCCCCUCUGUGCCGGAGUAACGUCGGGCUUCGGAGGACUCUCUGCAGCUCCAGCCUCUACCAGUGGCGGCUGUGUUGGGGACGCGGGCAGUUUGUGUUUAUCAGAGAGUACGGCGACAACGGAAGCCGAGCGGUGCCACUGUUUAAAAGCAAAACGGGCUAUUAUGAAAUCCUGCAGGUGAUGCCGAGCGCCACUCAGGCGCAGAUAAAAACCGCCUACUACAAGCAGUCCUUCGUCUACCACCCGGACAGGAACGCCGGCAGCGAGGAGGCCACUGUCCGCUUCUCUGACAUCAGCGAGGCCUACACGGUGCUGGGCAACGAGACGCUGAGGAAGAAGUACGACCGCGGGCUGCUCGGCCAGUCGGACCUCCUCGCAACAGUCAGACCCUCCUCCUCCAAGGACGGCGCCGGCGGGGGCUCCGCGCAGCAGCAGGCCGGGGGCCGGCGGUCUGUGGGGGGCGAGGGCCCCCGAGCAGACGACUUCGACAAGUUCUUCAGGUCCCACUACAACGAGCAGCUGCAGAGGCAACGAGACAUCCGAGCCCGCAGAGAGCAGAGGCUCCGGGAGAAGGCGGCGACGAAAGACGGGCAGAAGCUGGACUGGAUGAUGGAGAUGUGCGUGGGGCUGCUGGUGGUGAUGGCGGCCGGUGUAAUCAUGAGCUUGAAACGGGGAUGAAGUAGGGAGAUGAGGUGUGGAGGAACGUUGUCCCAGAGAGGAGUGAUGGACACGGACUCACUGUGGGACCCUUGAAUAAUCCCACUACCAUGGACAACACCGCCCUCGUGACUUCUGUUCAACUGACCCCCUCUUUAUCACCUCACUGUAGAGAGACAUGCAACACCAUCAUGCUUUAGUUCAAGGUGACACUGUUAUUUUCUAUAGAUCACAUAUAUAAGACAUAUGAAGACUGAUAAUCAAUCACAUCACUUGUUAUUGCCACUAUCGGUUGAAGAAGAGAAGCGGUUCCAUAAUGUCAUGUUGGGCAUUUUUCAGACCAAAUAAUAAGUGAUAGUCUAUUAUCGCAGGCCUAAAUGUGCAUAUAAAAGCAAACAUGUACCACAAGACGAGUACAGUUUCUACUUCUCACUGUGUGAAGACGGUAUCCAUACAUUUUCUGUAAAACUUUAACGUAGCCUCUUUCAUUCUGUACCUUUUUUUUCUUUCACUUUGAGGUUCAGUCUUUGCCACUGGGUUUGUCAGUCACGGUCAGUGUGACACUCAGGAGUGAGUAGACACUGUGCCACACAUGCUGAUAGAUCAAGAUGCAGUGGUUGUUUUACAGCCUGUCAUUGCAAUAGUUCAACUCCAUUGGCUUUUAUAAAGUCACCUGUCUAAGCCAGUUUUUUUCCCAUUUUUAAUGGCAAAGUAAGUUUUGAUCAGAGUUUAUUGCGAUUUAUGAAAUAUUUAUAGCAAUGUAAGGGAUACCAGAUCAGUCAGUUCUUAAGAACCCAUUAAACAGGGUCAUCCAGAAACUGUUAAAGAAUGUGCCUUGGAUAAUAGUUAUUGUAAAAACUUAAAUCAGUGGUUUUAUUGUCCAGAUAUUUAACGAAUAAAUGACUUCUGAUCAUGAAA